CACUAAACUGAACUGGCCUGGUUCAGAUAGUACUAACCCGGUCGCCUGAAGCCGUGAACUCUCUCACCUUCUUCUCGCUGUGAAGCUCUUACGCCAUCUCGCCGAGCUCCGUUGCUGUCUCUGUUCGGUUGAGGGGUCACCGUUGGAACUUGGAAGCCGUCUUCUGCCACUUCCUGCAGGUGCAAGUUUCAGGCCCAGAUUGAAUACCUAUAACUAUGAAUAUUGAUUCUUUCAAGCGGGAUGUUGAUGAAUUAAUUGCUGAAUUCACUCAGGUUACAUGUGUGGUACUGCUUCUUUAUCACACAGAUUGGGUGGCCUUUAUUGCCUCUAUUGUCUGUAUGAGACUCAACCAUUUAAACCUACUUUUAAGCGUGUCCAUUUACACAGGAGAGAUAAAGAAACUCAGAACCCUUAUGGUAGAUGCAAAAACAAAUGAUAUUAAAGUGGUACCUUCUUUGGUAAAAAGAAUGCUGGAUAGAAACAUUCUCCUUUUUGGUGCUGUUGACUUAAUGGCUGAUUCUGUCACGGAGACAGUUAACCAACUCCAACAAUUGCAGGAUGCUCGUGUCAAACACGCAUAUGAAAAAUUAUUUCACAGCACACCAAUUGACAGAUAUGUUCACAUGGACCUUGGAAUGGAAGUUGACCUUGGAAAGCUGCAGAAAAUGUCAUCGGAAUAUGCUGUGGCCAAGAAUGUAGCCAUUGCAGAAGCAAGCAAUAUUUUAGAUGUUACAGACAUAAAGCACCUAUCAGAAGAUAAGGAACUGAUAGGAGAUGUUGUGAAAAAGAUCGCUGAUGACUGGAAUGACCAGAAAGAAACAUUUUAUAAGCAAACCGGGUGCAGAGAGGAUGAAAUGUAUGAGCAAGAGCUGCUACAACAACUUCUGAAAGACAACGAUGACGACGAGGAUAAUGAAAAAGAGGGUAGUCAAGAUUGAAGGUAUACAUUUGAGCUGGGGAAUUCAUAAUGCUAAUAUGUUAGCCAUUAUUUUGGUAUAGGGAGUUCAGGCUUUCCCAGGGGAAAUAUGGUCUUAUAGGUCCAUUUUUUUUUCUUUACCUCUAUCCACUUUGUUAUCAACAAUGUGUUAUCAACUACUUUCACACUUUCGGUUCUUGUUGUGUGUAUUAUGGUCUCUUCAACUUUCUUUCUUUUGCUGGAUCGGCUUGUUUGUGGAACUAAAUUAAGCAAUCAUAAUUCUUAUCCUUCUCGCUAUC